CUCCUUGGUAGCCAGGCAUCUGGUCUACUUGACUGGUAUCUAGGAAGAGGGGCACAGUUUCCUGUGAUUACAUAGUAGGCACAGUUCUAGGAGGGGCUAAGUUCACUUGGAGAAUUACAACAGCACCUAAACAGAACUGUGCUUUGAUUUAUUCUGUAAAAUUCAUGUUUUCAUACCUAUUCUUGGAUUGUGUCCUGUUGUUGCUGUUCCUACUUUCAGGGUCUCUGGGAGGGGACUACAUCUUCAAGGAGGGUCAGAAUGCUUACCUGCCCUGCAAGUACUCUCCACCCACACCUAAAGAUGGCGUGCCUGUGUGCUGGGGAAGAGGACCCUGCCCUUUGCUUGACUGUGAAAGACUGGUGCUCAGAACUGAUGGAAGGAACUUGAGUUACCGGACAUCUUACAGAUACCAGCUAAAGGGGCGUGUCCACAAAGGAGAUGUGUCCUUGACCAUAGAGAAUGUGGCAUUAGAAGACAGUGGGACCUACUGCUGCCGGAUCCAAUUACCAGGAUUAUGGAAUGAUAACAAAAUCAACUUGAAGUUGGUUGUCAAACCAGCCAAGCUCACCCCCACCCUGACCUUGUGGAAGAACAUCUAUGCUACCUUUCCGAGGACACUCCCCACCACUGGACUCGACGCAGAGACGCAGACGUUGGUGACCAUCCACAAUGAAAAUCAGACAGGAGGUAUACUUCCUAUGUUACCAGGCUCUGAGGCAAUCUCCAAAACCAGCAUAUAUGUAGGAGCAGGGGUGUCUGCUGGGCUGGCUCUGGCUCUUAUUCUUGGUGUCUUCAUUUUCAAAUGGUAUUCACACAUCAAAGAGUCACAGAAUCUAAGCCUCAUCACUUUGGCAAACACCCCUUCCUCAGGGAUUGCAAAUGCAGUAGCAGAGGGAAUGCGCUCAGAGGAAAACAUCUACAUCAUUGAGGAGAAUGUGUAUGAAAUAGAAGAUCCAUAUGAGUAUUACUGCUCUGUUCCCCAGGGACAGCUGUCCUGACUACUUCUGAGCUGUCACCACUCAACACCAUCAGAUCCAAACACUUCAUUUCCAAGUUUGGCAUUCACUGUCUUCUUUAAAAGCUAUGGCAACCAGUAAACUGAUUUUAAAGAUUCUGUGGAUGCUGCAGAGUUUUUCCAUUUUUCUGAAGAUGAUCAGCUUCCACGGGAUUGAACUGUGAUCUACACUGACUUAACACCCAACAUUACCUCUUCAGUCCAUUCCACAGCCUCCCCCUCCCCCACCAAUUCAGAAAUUGGUCACUAGGAACAUUGGUGCUCACAUGGGCUUUUGUAGAGUGUAGGGGUUCUUAAUAUGGGGGUCUCUGGGAUUCCAGAGAAUUCUGUCCCAUGUAGUAUCCAUGAAACUCUAAAAUAGUAGAGAAAGUAUUUGCUUAUAUAUGUGUAUAUCUUCUUUUUAUUUAUUUAUUUUUUAUUUGGGCCAUAGAAAGUAUAAAAGUAUCACUGAUUUUCAACAAGACUCAUCAGUGGUUAAAAACUACUGA